GAGCGGUCGUGAGGAAACCACGUGACCUCGCGUCAAACAAAGGCGCCGUGAGGAGGCGCGGGUCCAGCCGAGCUCGCUCGGCUCCCCCCCCCCCCCUUUUAAAACAACAGCAGCAUCACCGUCAUUAUCAACGCCUUCACGACACAACGCCAACGAGAUCCGCGUCUCUUGUCAAUGCGCCACGAGCAAAGCCGUCGCCUCGUUGCUUCUUCGCUCCUCGGGGGGGUCGAGAAGAGGUCGCUAGUCCGGGACAUCCCUCCACGACCCCCCCCCCGUCACUCGCAGCCCUACCGACCGGGACGCGCCUUCCUCGGUAGGGUCGCUAGCCGUGUCGGCGUCUCCCGCCGGGCCUGCGGCCUAGACGCAUCCCCCCCCCCCCACGCGACCCCGAGUGGCGGAGGACGAGUGGUGGGGAGUGAGUGAGCGAGAGAGAACCGUCCCCUCUUCAGUCGAGUUGCUCGGCCACUCGCCGUAGCUCGCAAAUCCCCGCAUGGCUUCCCGCAACAACCGCGUGGUGACCGAGGGUGUUGGGGCUCGCAUCGUCCGCGGGCCCGACUGGAAGUGGGGCAAGCAGGACGGAGGCGAAGGCCACGCCGGCACCGUGAGGAGCUUCGAGAGCCCCGAGGAGGUGGUGGUCGUGUGGGACAACGGCACCGCCGCCAACUACCGCUGCUCGGGCGCCUACGACCUGCGUAUCCUGGACAGCGCGCCCACAGGAAUUAAGCACGAUGGCACAAUGUGUGAUACCUGCCGCCUGCAGCCCAUCAUCGGUAUCCGCUGGAAGUGUGCCGAGUGCACCAACUACGACCUGUGCACGGCAUGCUACCACGGGGACAAACACCACCUGCGUCACCGCUUCUACCGCAUCACCACGCCCGGCAGCGAAAGGGUGCUGCUGGAGUCUCGCCGCAAGUCUAAGAAGAUCACGAGCCGCGGCAUCUUCCCCGGUGCGCGCGUCGUGCGUGGGGUCGACUGGCAGUGGGAGGACCAGGACGGGGGGAACGGGCGCAGAGGAAAGUUCGCCUCUUCCGCUCAGGUGACGGAGAUACAGGACUGGAGCGCCGCGAGUCCGCGCAGUGCCGCCUACGUGCUGUGGGACAAUGGCGCCAAGAACCUGUACCGCGUGGGCUUCGAGGGCAUGUCGGAUUUGAAAUGUAUCCAAGACGCAAAGGGUGGAUCCUUUUACAGAGAUCACUGCCCAGUGUUGGGCGAGCUGAACGGGAGCCGGAAUCCCGGCGGGCUGCAGAUCAGCGACCUGGUGAACAUCGACCUGGAGCUGGAGAUUGUGCAGUCGCUGCAGCACGGCCACGGCGGCUGGACGGAUGGCAUGUUCGAGACGCUCUCCACCACCGGCACCGUGUGCGGCAUCGACGAGGACCACGACAUCGUCGUGCAGUACCCCAGCGGCAACAGGUGGACCUUCAACCCAGCGGUGCUGACCAAGGCCAACUAUGUGCGCGGGCCGGAGGGCGCGAGCCACGGAGCCGAGGGCGGCUCCUCGGCCUCGCAGUUCACGGUGGGCGACGUGGUGCAGAUCUGCGGGGACCUGGAGCGCGUGAAGCUGCUGCAGCGCGGACACGGGGAGUGGGCGGAGGCCAUGCUGCCGACCCUCGGCAAGGUUGGGCGCGUGCAGCAGAUUUACCAUGACAACGACCUGAAGGUGGAGGUUUGUGGCACGUCCUGGACCUACAACCCGGCUGCGGUCACCAAGGUGUCCUCCGAGCUGCCUGGCACCAGCAACCCGUCUGGAGAGCGUCUGUCGCAGCUGCUCAAGAAACUGUUUGAGACGCACGUGUCUGGAGACGUCAACGAGGAGCUGGUCAAGGCUUCGGCCAACGGCGACGUGGCCAAGGUGGAGGAGAUCCUGUCCCGACCCGACGCUGAUCAGGCCAACGGGCAGUUUGCGGGGCACACGGCACUGCAGGCAGCCAGCCAGAAUGGGCACGUGGACAUCAUCAAGGCUCUGCUCAAGUACAACGUGGACCUGGAGGCCGAGGAUAAGGACGGGGACCGCGCCGUCCACCACGCGGCCUUCGGGGACGAGGGCGCCGUCAUGGAGGCGCUGCAGCGCGGCGGCGCCGACCUCAACGCUCGCAACAAGCGGCGCCAGACACCGCUGCACAUCGCCGUCAACAAGGGCCACCUGCAGGUGGUGAAGACACUGCUCGACCUCGACAGCCACCCCAGCCUGCAGGACUCGGAGGGUGACACUCCGCUGCACGACGCCAUCAGCAAGAAGCGGGACGACAUGCUGUCCGUCCUCAUCGACGCCGGCGCGGACGUGUCGCUCACCAACAACAACGGCUUCAACGCGCUGCACCACGCCUCGCUGCGCGGAAACCCCAGCGCGGUGCGGGUGCUGCUCUCGAAGCUGCCGCGACCGUGGAUCGUGGACGAGAAGAAGGACGAUGGCUACACGGCGCUGCACCUCGCCUCGCUCAACAACCACGUGGAGGUGGCCGAGCUGCUGAUCCACCAGGGCAGCGCCAACCUGGACAUCCAGAACCAGAACCAGCAGACGGCGCUGCACCUGGCGGUGGAGCGAGAGCACACGCAGGUGGUGCGGCUGCUGGUGCGUGCUGGGGCCAAGCUGAAUGCACAGGACAAGGAUGGGGACACACCCCUGCACGAGGCCCUGCGCCACCACACCCUGUCGCAGCUGCGUCAGCUGCAGGACAUGCAAGAAGUGGGCAAGCUGCUGAUGGGACUCGGGAACCAGGGCGCGGAGAAGAAGAACUCGGCCUCCAUCGCUUGCUUCCUGUCCGCAAACGGCGCUGACCUGUCCCUGCGAAACAAGAAGGGGCAGUCGCCCCUCGACCUUUGCCCCGACCCCAACCUUUGCAAGGCGCUGUCCAAGUGUCACCGUGAGAAGAACAGCCCGCAGGCGUCGUGCCGCAGCCCGUCGGGCGGGGGGGAGAGCGGCGGGGAGUCGCACGAGGAGUGCAUGGUGUGCUCCGACCUCAAGCGCGACACGCUCUUCGGGCCGUGCGGCCACAUCGCCACGUGCUCGCUCUGCUCGCCGCGCGUCAAGAAGUGCCUCGUGUGCAAGGAGCCCGUGCAGUCGCGCACCAAGAUCGAGGAGUGCGUCGUGUGCUCGGACAAGCGGGCUGCCGUUCUCUUCCAGCCGUGUGGUCACAUGUGCGCCUGCGACAACUGCGCGAGCCUCAUGAAGAAGUGCGUGCAGUGCCGCUCCACGGUGGACGUCCGCGUGCCGUUCAGCGUGUGCUGCGGCAGCAAGGCGAGCGACGAGGAGGAGGAAGAGGAUGAGGACGACCCCUACAGUGGCAUGGGAAACAUGCAGCCGCUGCAGAAGGACAAGGACAACACGAACAUGAACGCUGACAUCCACAAGCUGCAGCAGCAGCUGCAGGACAUCAAGGAGCAGACCAUGUGUCCCGUGUGCCUGGACCGCCUCAAGAACAUGAUCUUCCUGUGCGGGCACGGCACGUGCCAGCUCUGUGGGGACCGCAUGAGCGAGUGUCCCAUCUGCCGCAAGAGCAUUGAGCGCCGGGUGCUGCUCUACUGAGGACGCUCGCCCGCUCGCCCGUAUGCUCGCCCGCUCGUCCGUACGUACGCUCGCCCGUUCGCUCGCCCGUUCGCUCGCUAGCCCGUCUGCCGAUACAAACCCGUACGUCCACACCAUGCGCACGCAACACCUCGCUCUUUGAAAAAUCACCACCCCGCCCACACUCCCCGCCCACACCCCCUCCUUCAGAAGCACGUGCCCGAUUAUUGCUGACCUUGUGGCCGGAUAGGCCCGUGUGGGCGCUCUGUGCCUGGGCGGUGGUGCGAGCCAUGCGGUGCUGCCGCGUGCCAGCCGUGCGGUGCUGCCACAUGCCAGCCGUGCGGUGCUGCCACGUGCCGGCCGUGCGGUGCUGCCACGUGCCAGCCGUGCCUUACGCGCUCACUCGCUGCCUAGGGCGUGCGGUUCACGUCACACGAGGACCUCGUUGAUCGUGAACGUAGAUUCCUCCCGAAGUAGAGAAUAUAGCGUCGUGCAAAUUCCCAGUAGGUGGUGUGGGUGGUGGCUCCCGCCCGCUCGUUGGCACACAGGCACGUAGCGAGCCGCGUAGCGAGCCGCGUCGGCAGCCGUUUUGCUCUCCUGCGUCCCCGUCGAGGCUGUGGGAGUGGCGAUGGGGGUGGGGGGGGGGGCGUCAACCCCAUGGCAUUCAGCCCUGCUGGGAUCACCUGUUACAAAUGUACAGCAAGUGCCGCAUACCCCCGCCUGCAAUCAAGCUAGGCAAAGCACCAGGCACAUCUACGACUUAUGCCCGGAGAUGCAGUCGGAUGACAUUCGUUCAAUGAAGCGUUUCCCGUGUUGGCGUUUUCGUCGCAGUCGGUGCUUGACAGUGUCGGUGUUGUGGCUCGGCUAGUGGUCACUGUAGCAGCGCUCCGUGCAGACUGGCUAUUUGCCAUUCGUGACCUAUCAUGGGCGUGCUUUUUUAUCGUCAGGACUUUAUUCUCGGGCCUGAUUGUGACAAGAGUGUUCUCAACGGGUGUUCUUGGUCCAGCAAGCGGGGCAAUAUUAGCGUUGGGUGGCAUAAAGGCACGGUGUCCACAUCUGAGGGUCCCUCAGAGUCCAGAGAAGGUGAGGAUGUCAGAUACAAUAGAAAGGGCGGGGGGGAGGGGUGGGCGGAAUGGAGUAGAUAGUGUUUCCGGGAGAAGCGGAGUUUAAUUUGUCCAAAAACCUGAGAGCCUCGUCCCAAGCACUGAUCACCACACAAAUAAAUAUCUCCGUAACAGGAGUCUGUAUGUGGUUCUGUUUCAAGUUAUGUUCGCGUUGGGUUCACAACCAGAAUCAGAAAGCCCUAUCUGGACUGGAUGAAUUCGAAAAGCUAUGAAGCUCUUUUUCGCAGAUGUCCAGUCCGAGGCGGGUUAAAAAGUGAAAUCAACACACAAUACAAACAAGAUAAAGGUAAGCGAGUUGCUAUAAAUAAAGUAUGUAAGUACUAAUUGCGUAAGUACAAAUAUACCUGCCGAUUUGUCAACACCAAAUACAAGCUUGGGCAAGGCAGCAAAACAACAACAACAAAUUGUCCCAGACCCUCACCAAGCCAACAACACAACCCAUGUAACCCAAACGGGAUUCCUACAUUUCUUAUUUUCAUACCUUGGGCUUGAAUGACAGGAGUUGCCAUGUAAUUUACUGGAGCCAAAACAAACAUUGUGCUUUGUCGCCUUUGCAAUGACGCAAGAGAGCCCCCAGUGGGAGCAGUAAAGACAGACGCCCGUUAGAUAACAGAGGCAACAGGAGACUUGCUUCUUAUACAUCGCAGCCUCGUUCCGAUAUCUGGCCAGAAGAUACCUUCGCAACUGUCAAGUAGCACAACUUGUAGUAUGAUGCAAACUCCGUUUGCGGCAAAAACGAUGGGAGCCGCCAGUGUACGAACACGUUGGGUGAAACGUGCCACGUUGGGCUCUGUCCUGGGUGAGUUGUCUUCUCUGUGUGUCUAGAUGACAGCGCUGGUCCACCGAAGGCUGCGCCGGCGCUGAAGUUACUGCAGACUUUGAUGGCCGUGUUUGUUCCGCGUGGAAAUAAAUAUUCCAACUCGGAUCAACGGGCUUGAGAAAGUGAAGCAUGUAUUUGAACAAAAGAACCAGCGAGUUAAUCCACGUGCAUACAUGCCUGAGCGGCAACCUUCUGGCUAAAAGCCGCUGCCUGGUUUUGUACCUAUGCAUUUUACCAACUCGUGCUGGUGCACAGCUAAAGACGCCAUACCAUUGCUGCAUCUCACAGCGCAGUGCAUCUUGUACCAUCCCCCGUUUCACAACACCCAGCAGGACCUUCACUUUUCAUCCCUCCUCGCCAACGUUGCUCUUUGGUGCGACUCAUUUUGUGGCUUCCCACAAUUUCACCCGUUUGCUUUUGUACCACGUUGCUCAAGAGCCAAAAACAGGAUUAUCAGGACAAAGACGGGUUCUUGGAGCUUGUUGCCAUUUUCAAACUGCACCCCGGCAAUCGGCUUUGGGGACGUUCGGCAUCGCACGCAGAGCUGCUGUCCAGUUGAAGCUUCAUUUCUUCGAAGCCGUCCCCUUUCGCAUCCACUGUCAUGGUCACCAAGCCACUGCUUUCCAGAUAACCCCACUGGGCCAAUAGGUUCAAUGUUGAACGUUGCAUUCUCAAAGUUCUUCGCUUUAAUAAAGUAAACGGAUGUCUGCUUCCUCUGCCAGCCUUGAUUGCACGCGGAGGCAAAACUAUAGUUUUUUACUUAUUUUCCCAAGCGAUUAACACUUUGUACCAAGUCUAUCUCUUCCCACGAUAUCUGCUGAGCAUAACUGCGGACUUGCGUUUUCAUUGCUGCUGCACGACUUUACAACUUGUUACUAUAUUCUUUAACAAUCAUGCUUCUUGUUCAACAUUUGCAAACUGUUCAUUUGAAACAUCAGUUCUAAACAUACCAACACUUUCCGUUUUCUACAAAAUGUCUUGCCCCUGAACGUUUAGUCCCAAAAUCAAGCGAUCGCAAAAUGGGUUCAUCUGCACGUGCUCCGUAAUCACAACAGACGGCCGCUCGUCGCGGCGUUAUCAAAUACCAAUCCACUCUUUCUGCGGGAGCUUCAUUGCUUGCCUCGAAAGUAUCUCUCCUGGCAAGAUAUUUUGCCAACGUGCGUUAUUACUCGGGUCAUGCGGCGAUACCUUCGCGCGUUCUCGGUUCAUCUUCGGAUAGCUUCAAACUGUCACAAACUUUAUUUUCAUAUAUUUUCUGGUUACCAUCAACCGAGCCCAUCUUUGCUACGAGAGGGUUUUUGCCUGAUGAUGACAGAUUGAGACGAGAGGUCUAAGGGCAAGAGGGCAAAAAAACCACGUGAACAGUGAUGCAACGCCCCUUAAGAAAACUCUCCGACAUUGUGUGCACAGAGACAUGCACACCAUUUAUUUUUUAAGCCUUAUGUAGCACGUUGUAUAGCUAAACGUUAUGUUUAAAGCGUUCGUGCAUUCGCGUAGUUAAGCUUGUGUGAUGCGUUAAUUUAAGUGUUAUCUCUCCCCGUUAAGACCUGUGUUACAUUUAAACAGUUCUGUUAUUGAUGGUUUAAAGGUUGUUUCGACUGCUGUAAUGCAUUUGUAAUCAUGCUGAUGAUGCUAAUGAUGAUGAAAUGUGAAAACGGUUCCCCUAAGGUCUGUUCAUGUGAGUCUGUUUGCAUCGUGUGCGGAAUAAGUGCCCAUCACAAAGGUUCCGCUCCAAAAACAUAAAACUGAGCCUGACUGGGCUACAGGGCAUCUGUCUGAUCAGCUGAUGCUGAAGUUAGUCUGCCACAUACUUGGUGCAACCUAAAUCUUAACUUCAUUGCUAGCUAUUGAAUGAUUUACGUUGCGCUAAGUAUGUGAUGGCCCAAAUACUGGACCAACCUAAUGAGGCAAAUGCUUGGUUGCCCGGUGGCCAGAUUCAACUGAAUGCUAAGGUGGUGGGUUGGCUCUUUGCUCGAGCCCAGUAUUUACAAAGCUCCAGUCCACGUGACCACCCCAUGAAAGUCUUCUUUCUAGUGCGUUCCAUGUGCUGUCACGUGCUCUGUAUCGUGGUGGGACGCAGACAUACACGCACACGCAAAUCCUAACACAUUAUUAUACUUUGGUAUAUAUUGAGAGAUUGCGUGUACGUCUCUAUUUGAUUGGAAUCGUUGCUGUCAAUUUCCCGUGAGACGUGUUUAUCAACCGUCAGUCACGUGCAGCGUGAAAUGUACCCAAUUUGUAUUUGAACAGCAUUGGCUUUACACGCAAAGUGGUGGGUCGCGAGAGCUUAAAACUCUGGAAACAUUGUCCCAGCCCUUUACAUUGGUAUUGGGUCAUUGUCCUAGCCCUUUACACUGGUAUUGGGUGUUUUAAUGAAUGAGUACAAUUGUUUUGAGACUAUGAACACCCGCAGCCCGGACUCCUAUAUUCACAGCUUUAUACUCGACGUCCAAUCUAUCGAGCGUUGUAGUGUGCAGCUUACACAUCGGCCUCUUAAAUCCAGUGUCAGUACGGCUUUCAUUUAUAUAAUGGGAUGGACAUCAUAGCCUACCCUUCUGCUGAAACUCAAGACGAGCAAAAGAGAUGGAGCAUUGCUACCCCAACGACAACAGAGUACAACUGCUGCCAUUAGGGGCUCGGAUCGUGGCAAUGCAGGGUUAGCGCUGUAGCCUUAGGGUGGGUCCGCACUUGAUCACUAAACGCAAGUAACUUAAUGUAAUGGGCGAUUAAGGGCCACUGUUAAGUUACAUACCGCUCGUAUUCACUUGGGUGAACUUUGGAACGUUAAGUGAACCAGUGGCUAAUCGGGAUCAGGGUAAUCAGAGGUUGAAGCCAAGGGUUUUUGAAGCGAUUGUACAAACCACGUGGCAUACAAUGUGACCAUAAGAUUUGCGUGCCACUGUGGCCGAGCGAACACGUUUCGCAUGAAGGCAACGUGAUGUUCAUUUAACGUUCGUUAAAGAUCCAGUGUGAACCCACUCUUGAGUAAACGUCCUUCGGCGUACGUUAUCUGAUGGCUUUUAGGAACCGGUGCUAUGAUGCGAGACGUUUGAUUUUGUUCAGACUUGGUCGCGUCUGCAAAGCUUGUGCGAACCCCUAACGGAACACGUAUUCUCUGUAAUGUAAUAAAAUACGUUAUCAUUGA